AUGGACCGGACAUCGGGGUUGGCUCUGGAUCACGCCGUCGAGAAAGGAAAGUUCAAUGUCGUUAAGAUGCUACUCGAACAUGGGGCCAACCCACACCAAGGAGAAACAGAAGACACUGACCUUGAUUGGCGCAAGUUCAUGGCUUUGCUGAUACGCUACGGAACGGAUGUCAAUUCCGUCACGUUUGGUGCAGGCACGCCAUUAACGGCCGCUGUCGAGUACCAAAUGUGGGAUGUUACUGAGUUCCUAUUAGAACGCGGCGCUGACGCAAUGAUCAAGAAGCCUGUGAUCAAGCUAGAUGCAUUUGCCAUCGCAGCAAAGAAUUCAGGGUUUGCUUGGGAGUCGGAGCAAGCUGGGGAAUACAUGGACUACCUCUGUAAGCCAAGCACUACAGUGGAGGAUACCGACAUUCUUGAACUACCCGAGUGGGUGAAAAACAACCCGUUGACGCCGAUUAUCGAAAAGGUCAGGAAGCGUUCCGAGUCAUCGAUGGAAGAAUGA